AUUCCAUUCUAUUAGAACGACAAAGAUUUCACCAAAAGGCUGCAAUAGCUAAAAAAGUGUAGGAUGGUAAUCUGUGAUUAUUGAAAUGUUUAGAUUAAAUAUUGAGUCACUCACGUCACAUCUUGUCCUCUCCCUCCUCCAAGCAAGGUCUCUUACAGCUGAGGUCCCAACACCGACAUCAGUGCAGCACAGUUUUCUGUGUGCCUAUGAUAAAACAGACACAAUAUCCAUGGAGUCACAACAAAUGAGAUGCUGUUACAACUUUAACACGGAGACACAAUCAAUGACAUGACGAAGUAACUGAGGAACAAACCCAGCAUGGAUGCAGGUCCAUCAGAGGGUGUAGGGGAGGAGGUCCACAGCCAGGAUGCCAUGGUUGCUGACCUCCUCCAGCAAGCUGCAGAGGCCGGGGGCGUGUUAGAGGGACAAGCUGGAGUCAUCCUUGAACAAGGUCAUGGGGAAGAGUUGGUAGCAGCCGCCCAGCAACAGCUAAUGGAGGCCGGGGUUGGUGUGGAAUGUGGACCAGGUGUUGAAAUGAUGGUUAUGGACUCACUGGACCCCACUUUGCUGCAGAUGAAGACUGAGGUGAUAGAUGCUACAGUGGGGGGGUCAUCAGCUGGUUCUGCUCACCAAGCAACUGUCACAACAGUGGACCAGACUCAAAUCAUCACGCUACAGGUGGUCAACAUGGAGGAGCAGGCAGCUUUAGGCCUGGGAGAGCUGCAGCUGGUCCAGGUGCCAGUUUCUGCCACCACUGUGGAGGCCCUGCAGCAAGGCACCUUUGUUGACACCACUGCGAUGCCAAAGGAUGGAGACCCAGUCAUUUGCCACACCCUGCCACUUCCGGAGGGCUUCCAGGUAGUUAAGGUUGGUGCUAAUGGGGAGGUGGAGACCGUGGAGCAAGAAGAGGAGGGAGGACAAGGCCACCAUGAAGAGGAAGAUGAGGAGGUGGGCAACCAGCUGUUGGAAGAAGGGGAAGAUGGGCCCAUUAAGACUCCAAAUGAUGACCCAAACUGGGCUAAGGAUCCAGACUAUCAGCCUCCAUCUGGAAUUUUGAAAAAGACCAAAAAGGGGAAAAAGAGUCGCCUGCGUUACGCUGAAGGAGAUAAGGAUAUGGACGUCAGUGUCUAUGACUUUGAAGAAGAGCAGCAGGAGGGCCUUCUGUCUGAGGUCAAUGCUGAGAAAGUGGUGGGCAACAUGAAACCACCCAAACCUACAAAGAUCAAGAAGAAAGGAGUGAAGAAGACAUUUCAGUGUGAACUCUGCAGCUACACCUGCCCUCGGCGCUCCAACCUGGACAGACACAUGAAGAGCCACACAGAUGAGAGACCACAUAAAUGUCAUUUGUGUGGAAGAGCCUUUAGGACGGUCACCUUGCUAAGAAACCAUCUCAACACACACACCGGAACUCGUCCACACAAGUGCACAGACUGUGAUAUGGCUUUUGUGACUAGCGGAGAGCUGGUUCGUCAUCGUCGCUACAAACACACACACGAGAAACCCUUCAAAUGCUCCAUGUGUGACUAUGCCAGUGUUGAGGUGAGUAAACUAAAGCGUCACAUUCGAUCCCACACUGGUGAGCGUCCAUUCCAGUGCAGUCUCUGCAGCUACGCCAGUAGAGACACGUACAAGCUGAAGAGACACAUGAGGACACACUCAGGAGAGAAACCUUAUGAGUGCUACAUCUGCCAUGCCCGUUUUACCCAGAGUGGAACCAUGAAAAUGCACAUUCUGCAGAAACACACGGAAAACGUGGCAAAAUUCCACUGUCCACACUGUGACACAGUUAUCGCGCGUAAGAGUGACUUGGGUGUCCAUCUUCGAAAGCAGCACUCGUUUAUUGAGACUGGAAAGAAGUGUCGCUACUGUGAUGCAGUCUUUCACGAGCGCUACGCUCUGAUCCAGCACCAGAAGUCCCAUAAGAACGAGAAAAGGUUCAAAUGCGACAUGUGUGACUACUGCUGCCGCCAGGAGCGACACAUGGUGAUGCAUCGUCGUACCCACACUGGAGAGAAACCAUAUGCCUGCAGCCAGUGUGAAAAAACAUUCAGACAGAAGCAGCUGCUGGACAUGCACUUCAAACGCUACCACGACCCUAACUUUAUCCCCACCGCCUUUGUCUGCCCCAAGUGUAGCAAGACCUUCACUCGCAGGAACACCAUGGCACGCCACUCUGACAACUGCAGUGGUGAGGUUGAGGACGCUGAGAACGGAACUCCUACCCCAAAGAGAGGGAGAAGAGGAAGAAAGAGAAAGAUGAGGAGCAGAAGAGAUGACGAUGAUGACAGCGAGGAGGAUCCCGUUGAACCCGAUGAGGAGGAAGAGGGUGAGGGUGAGGAAGAAUCACCACUGCUACAGGAAGAUGAGGACCCAGAAAGCAUGGAAUUGGACCAGGCCCCUGCUGCCAUUCCUGUCCCAGCCCCCGACGAGCCACCAGUCAAGAGGAAACGAGGCCGACCCCCUAAGAAUGCCCCUAAGCCUCCGACACCUAUCAAGUCAGUCAGAGUGGCUGCCAAGACAAAGGCUGCUGCUGCCAUCAUUCAGGUGGAGGAUGAGAGCACUGGAGCAGUGGAGAACAUCAUAGUGAAGAAGGAAGAGGGUGACACGCCUGCAGCGACACCGCUGGAGCAGGGAGUGGCCCUGGCAGUGGAGGGGGAGGGGGAGGAGGUGGGGCUGGGGCUGGAGGGGGAAGGGGUGGAUACUGUUGAGUUGGCUGUGAAUGAAGAAACGGCAGCUGCUGCCGCCAAUGGCGAUCUUACGCCAGAGAUGAUCCUGAGCAUGAUGGACCGGUGAACACAACACACAGCCACACACGUGUAGCCAGACUGUGUAAAGCUAAUAUUUUCCACAUCCUUAGCCUUCUUCACCUCAUGGCUCAUCUGUAUUUGCUUUUAACAGCAGCCAUGAUGGCACCUUUGGAGUGGCUGCACAAACUGGUGACAGCAAAAAUAUCCAUGCACAAAGAAAGGAAGCUGCAUGUAAAUACUUCCACGUAACUUCACAUCCAUGUAGGUCAACCUGCUAGACACUGAAGUUUGUGGGUCUCUUAACACACACACAGACACACCCAAUACCAGAUCCUGUGUCACAUCAUAUACAAGUAAAAUAUAUUGUCCAAGCUAAUUAUUGACUGCUGUCUGCUCUAAAUGCUUUUUUCAUAAGGUGAAUGUCUAUUGAAUGAAUCAUAUUUUGCUAGUUGUGUCUACACAAAGCCACAUCCUGUGUCAGUCCUUACCAACGCACUCUGCAGUUAAUGUUCAGCAGGAAACCACCUCCUCCGUGUAUGUUGCUCUGCCACCACGUACAACUGUCAUUUGCUUUUCCCUCAUAACUUAAUUUUUCUGCGCUCUUGCUUGGGUAUGUUUCAGAACACUUUGCGAACCCCUGGCCUUUAUUUGUUUGUAUAUAAAUAUUGUAUGUCAUUUUUUCCUUUUGAAGAUCAGGAUAUUGAAAGAAGGAUCCUUCCUUAUAAAUGAGAGAGCAGGUACAUUAAAAUGACCAGAGAGAUUCAUACCUGUGGUACAUCUUUUAGAGUAAUUCUAUCAUGCCCUCGGUCAGAUCAUGUACAGUACAUCCUUGAGAUAGCUGCUAAAUUAGUUAUUUUGGAACUUUUUUCUAUUUUCUCGUACUUAUUACUGUUGGGGGCUAUUUAUAACUCACAGUUAAUAAUCUUCUUCCUCCCUGUUGGAAAAGAACAUAGACUAUUUUCAUCACAUUAACUUGGAGCAAUUACAGAUAAUCUUGAUUGGUGAAAUAUGUAACUGUAAUUGUGGGUUUGAACAUUCCAAAAACAUCAAUUAACAUGAUAUUAUUUCAAUGCAUUUGAAUAGUCUCACUUGAAAUAAUCAGCAGUAACAAACUCAAGUUUGUAUACGGUAAUUAUCUGCCAUUUUAAAGCCAAUCCAUGUUUUGUUUGGACCAGACUACCUUGUGAGUCAGUGUGUCCCUCAAACACCACUCUUCCCCACCAUAAUCCAUAAUGUGGCAGAUGACUUUCAUGUAAAUACAUAUUUUUGAAACCUUUUUCUUUUUGAUUUCUUGUAAAUCCUUUUAAAGUUUUUAAAUCGCUGAUUGGGAGAUUUGUUGGUGAAAAAGUACACUGAGCUUCUCUGUUAUAUGGUAAACAUGUAAGAACCAGACUGGUUUCUUCCUAACCAACCAAAAUCAUCUUUGUAUUCUCUUGUUCAGAGCCAUUUUCUGCUUGGAUGUUGUUUUACAGUUUUGGUUUGUGGCCAUGGGUAGAGGUCACUGGGUUUUUCUACAGGUUGAUUAGUUAUCAGAGAAAACAUGUUAGAAGAAGGGUUCUGAGAAAACCAACCCUCCAUGCAUCAUACUGACACUGUCACUUGUGUAGCAAUCCUUAAGCACCAUCAGUUCUGUGACCGCAGGACAACAUGUGUUCUCAGUCAUGUUUCGGAAUUCUUUUUUGCUUUUUUUCCAGAGUUGAGAGAACAGAGAUUAUAAAACAUCCCUGUUUGAAGAGUUAGAAAACAGAAAAAACGUCAUGAACAGUCAUGUUUAAGCUGAGACACUGUACAGCUGAUGAAACAUAAAACCAUACUCAUAGGCCUACAACUGCUCCAUGCUUCUGUCUUUCAUUUAGUUAGUACAGUUGGGAGGGGCAGUUUGUCAAGGCCCUUCAAAAUGUAUGUCUUUCUAUUUUCCAGGUCAGUGCAGAAAAAUGACAGAGGAAGAGCUGGGUGAAAUGAAAAGAAAAACACUCUUUGAAUAAGCACAUAUUCUUUGUUUCAUAAUUUUAAACUGCUGGACACCAGUUCUAUGCUAUUUCAAUGAAAAGUCCUUUCUUUGUGUUUGUACACUCCUGAUCAAAAUGUUAAGACCAGUUAAAAAAUUGCAUGAAUUUUUAUUUUGCACUGUUGGAUCUUAGGAAGGUUCUAAGUAGAGCUUCAAAAUGAAAAAAGAAGAAAUGGGAACAAGAGACCAAAAGUUGUGAGCAGGCAAUUUAUUGAAAACAAAAAUUUUACUCAAAUAGGCUGUUCAUCAGCUGAUCAAACGUUUAAGACCACAGCCUUUAAAAGCCAAAAUCUGUGCAAAAAUUUGGAUUCCAUGUCAUUUCCUGUCAAGUAAUCACACUGUGAAGAUCUCUUGAUGGCAAAGGCAAAAAAGCUCACCGUCUUUGAACGUGGUAGGGUUGUUGAACUGCAUAAACAAGGCCUCCCACAACGUGCCAUCGCUGCUGAGGUUGGACGCAGUAAGACAGUCAUUUUGCAUUUCUUAAAAUAUCCUCAGGGUUAUGGAACAAAAAAAUCAAGUGGUAGACCCAAAAAAAUCUCACCGGCACUGAGCCGGAGGAUCCGAAUGGCUGUCCGUCAAGACACGGGACGAUCCUCGUCCCAAAUUAAGGCCAUUACUGGUGCUGACUGCAGCCCUAUAACCAUCAGACGGCAUCUGCGAAGGAAGGGCUUCAAAAACAAGAAACAUCUUCAAAGCCCACGUCUCCUUCAACGUCACAAAAUUGCCCGUUUAGUCUUUGCACGGGAGCUCCAAACAUGGGACAUUCAAAGGUGGAAGAAAGUUUUAUUCUCUGAAAAUUUAACCUUGAUGGUCCUGAUGGCUUCCAACGUUACUGGCAUGACAAGGAGAUGCCACCUGAGAUGUUUUCUAUGCGGCACAGUGGAGGGGGUGCCAUCAUGAUCUGGGGUGCUUUUUCCUUCAAUGGAACAAUGGAGCUCUAGGUUGUGCAGGGUUGUCAAACAGCAGCUGGCUAUGUGGAGAUGUUGCAUCGGGCAUCCCUCAUGACUGAGGGCCCUCGUCUGUGUGGUAACGACUGGGUUUUUCAGCAGGACAACGCUCCAAUUCACAAUGCCCGUCUGACCAAGACUUUUUUCCAGGAGAAUAACAUCACUCUUUUGGACCAUCCUGCGUGUGCCCCUGAUCUUAAUCCAAUUGAGAACAUUUGGGGAUGGAUGGCAAGGGAAGUUUACAAAAAUGGACUUCAGUUCCAGACAGUGGAUGCCCUUCGUGAAGCCAUCUUCACCACUUGGCGCAACAUUCGCACUAGCCUUUUGGAAACACUUCCAUCAAGCAUGCCAAAACGAAUUUUUGAUGUGAUCAACAAUAAUGGUGGAGCUACUCAUUACUGAGUCAGUUUUUGACACUUUAAUUUCUGUUUUAGGAGGUUUUGGAUUUUUUUUUGAGCUGUGGUCUUAAACUUUUGAUCAGCUGAUGAACAGCCUACUUCAGUUAAAUUGUUGUUUUCAAUAAAUUGCCUGCUCACAACUUUUGGUCUCUUGUUCCCAUUUCUUCUUUUUGCAUUGUGAAACUCUACUUAGAACCUUCCUAAGAAUCAACAGUGCAAAAUGCAAAUUCAUGCAAUUUUUUAACUGGUCUUAAGAUUUUGAUCAGGAGUGUAUGUUUGAAAUUGUGAUCGUCAUGAUCAGGCUUGUAUUCUAACCCAAACAUUAUUUCCUAUAAGGACCCUUUUGGCCGAGAAAUUUCAUAGUCAACCCAGCACUUUCUCUGGUCCUCAGCCACACACCUAGUCAACUUGAAAUGGGUUAAGAAAGUCGAAAGAAACAUUUUCUCUGCUGGUAUGAAUUAGACAGUUACAGUGAACACAAAAUGUUACCAUAGCAUAUGAAGUUGAAAACAGCCUUUUAUUGACAUGAUUCCGCUCAUGAAGCAAACAUCUCAGUCGAGGAACAUCAAAAACACUUAGUUCUAUGAGAAUGAACUGGAAGCUCGGAGUAUGCAGAACAGCUGUAAUCCAAAGGAUACAACCUUUUGUAAGCAAGUCAAUAAAUGACAAUGUUUGAAUAAUGUCCAAAUGUUCCAGCCAAAAUAUCUAGUCAAUGAAAAAUAAAACACUUAUCAAAGAA